AUGCCUCCUCGACAUCAAACUCUUCCUGCCCCGCAGACAUCGUCGGCGCGCGAGGCCCAAAAGUCCUUCUACUGCACGCUCUGCUCCAAGGGCUACUCGCGCAUGAACGACUACGAGGCGCACCUCAGCAGCUACGACCACACGCACAAGCAACGACUCAAGGACAUGAAGGCCAUGGUCCGCGACCCAAAUGCCGGGGCGCGUGCCCGCAGGGCCGAGGCCAAGGCGGAUGGCCUCAUCAGCAUCAAGCUCACGGAUAAGGACAAGCAGUCUACUUCUGCCGCCACCGCCAAGAAACCGGGCUUCAAGCGGAGCGGUUUCAAGAGCGCUUUUGCUUCCAAGGACUCUCAACCUGCCGUCGCGGAUACCAAGACAGCCGCCAAAGUGGAACCGACGCAACCUGUCCCUGCCAAAAAAGACAGCUCCCCCGAUGAGAGCUCCACCGAGGACGAGGGCUAUGAACGAUACGAUCCUCGGUAUCCUACGGACUGA